AUGGUGAUAAACCGUGCACGCUAGGCCACGCCCCUUUCUACGUUUUUGGUCGCCGUGUAUCAGAAAAUAUGUCAAAAAUUGCAACAAAUGACAGAAAUUGAGGUCGAAUGCACUGGAUACGUGUAUUUUCUGCGAAGAAAUAGAAGUACUCUUUCAAAAAUGAAAUGAAAUUUCUAAUCGGACGAGACACCGAGACACCGAGAAAAGACCGAGACAUUUGGAUUGGCGAGAAAAAGCGAGACGAGAAAAGGCGAGACGGCGAGACGACCGAGACACGGCGAGACGAGAAAGGGCGAGACGAGAAAAGGCGAGACGGCGAGACGACCGAGACACGGCGAGACGAGAAAGGGCGAGACGAGAAAAGGCGAGACGGCGAGACGACCGAGACACGGCGAGACGAGACAGGGCGAGACGGCGAGACGACCGAGACACGGCGAGACGAGAAAGGGCGAGACCGAGACAGAACCGAGACACGGCGAGACGAGACAGGGCGAGACGGCGAGACGACCGAGAAAGGGCGAGACGAGAAAGGGCGAGACCGAGACAGAACCGAGACACGGCGAGACGAGACAGGGCGAGACGGCGAGACGACCGAGAAAGGGCGAGACGAGAAAGGGCGAGACCGAGACAGAACCGAGAAAGGGCGAGACCGAGAUGAUAAUGGAACGAGACGAGACCGAGACGAGAAAAAACCGAGACGAAACAAGGGCGAGACACCGAGAUUUCUCGCAUUUUUGCGAGACGAGUCUCGACGAGACGACACACUAG